AAAACAAAAACUGAUUUUUUUUUUUCUUUUGGAUAAAAGAUAACAAUUUUAAGUGGUUUGGAAUUGAAGAAGAGACAAAUACUGCCAAACCAGGCCUUUUCAGAUUUUUGUCAUCAAUACAAAGAAUUGUAUGCACUCUAUGCACACUUCUCAAAGCUCUAAAGUUUUUUUUUUUUUUUCAAAAACCAUUCUUUUCUUUUUUCUUUCUCCUGAUGGAUUUUCGCUUGACCUUGUAUUCAAUUGUGUCGAGUACAGGAUGCAGCCAUCUUUGUUCUGUUUCUUUCUUAGUUAAGUGAAGAAAGAUUAUGGAUUUAUGGAUAGUUGCUGCAGCUGCUGGUGCUGGAUAUGCAGCUAAAGCUAAUUACUUGAAAAAUUCAACAAGAAUAACAGAACGCUCCUUGAAAACAUGUUCUUGUGAGGUUCAUGACCACUCCCAACCUCGGAACUUGUUGCAGCAAAUUCGCGACAGAACUUGCCCUUUAUGCAGAUUAGAAGACAUUAAAAUAGCAGCAAGUAGUUCUGGUGGUACUAAUUAUGGUGAAACUCAGAUAAAAAACUAUGGGAUCUGUAAAAGGAAUGAGCUUCUUGAUUUAUCUAGUGAAACAGUGCCUGAAUCUUCAACAGAAGAAGUGGGUUCUUAUCAAAGAUUACCAAAAAGCAGUCAAUUAAAGAAAAGGUCUAAUGGCUAUCUCCUGAAACCUCUUAAUGUUUCAGAAAGUUGGCUCACUGCUGAAUUGUAUACAGAGGAUAGUAGAUUAGAAGAUUAUGUAUAUACUUCACUUUCAUCACCAGGUACAUACAUGGAGAGGGCUUUGACAAUUGGGAGUUUAAUAGCCAGAAGGAGUCAGGAUUUCAGAAAAGAGAUGGAAUUAGAAGCACAAACUGGACCGUGUAAUUCACAAGGGUUUUCCAACAAUGAUUUGCCUUUUUUCUUCGUGGGAAUAGCUACUGGAAUGAUGUUAAUCGUUGCUUAUAGUAAAAGAGAAGCAGACAAUUUAAAUGAACUAUUGAAGAAGAAUGAGAACUUGGUUCAUGAUUUAUAUGAGGAACUGGAAAUGAAAGAUCAUUUAACUCUGAAAGAGCUCGCUAAUGACAAUGUCAAUGAGCCCUCCCUCUAUGGGACACCAACUGCAUUUCCCACGAAACAGGAUUUGAAGAAUUCUACGAAAUUUGAAGGCGAAGAAGUAUAUGAGGUGAAAGGAAAUAACUCUGAAGCAAUGAGUAAAAUUGAGGCAGAGCUUGAAGCUGAACUAGAAAGGUUGGAAUUGACCAUGAAGUCAUCUACCUUGGGGAGAAAUUUUGAUUAUAUUCAGGGAGGUUUUGGCGUAGAUAAGGUUGAUGGGCAAGUUGACACUUUAGUGGAUUCAGACGAUGAAGCAAGCAGAAGCUCACCUGAUCACCCACAAACUGGAAUGUUUGCUGUAUCACCUCAGGAGCUGAGCUUGCAUCUUCAUGGGGUGAUUCAAGCAAGGUUGACAGCUCGGAUCAUAGAACUUGAAGCAGCACUUGAAAAUAGCCAGAAAAGGCUGCAUUUCUUGCAGUCUGAUUUGUAAUUUAAUCCAUUGGAGAGGCUUGUACAGUUUGAAAUGAUUAGUAAAUGCAUUCUUUAGAUUAGCAGGCA